AUGCUGAACCACACCUCAGGGAUGCCCGAUGAAAUUGAAGUCAGUGGCAGGGUCCCAGGCGCCUUCAAGUCUGGGGAAUCCGGGUCAGAUAUCUUUGCAAUGGUCAAGGCCACGAUGGCCAGCAAGACAUUGUCCCAGCCACCGCUGCUUGUGUGGCCUUCAUCCAUGCAAGACGUCAGCAAGAAGGCCGUUCAGACGGCCAAUGGCCACGGGUGUCCCAGUGUCGGGUGUUCAUUGGACACUGCCAGACGUGAUGAGCUUCGAUUGAUGCUAGCCGGAUUCCGCCGUGACUUCCCGCACAUGAAGCGCACUAUGGCAUGGUACCAGAAGAUGGUUGAUGGGUUGGAGGAGGAUAGUGCUAAGGGUCUACCUCAAUUGACUUUCUUGAAGGAUGUUGUUGCGAACAAGAACCUUGGGCAGCAUCUUCAAGAUGUCUUUGGUGGUGGCACUCGCUUGGAAGAGGAAUGCCACAAUCGUGCCUGGGAAGCUAUUCAGGAGUACAUGGACAGCCAUCUCAAAACCUUCAGUGGCAAGAUGAUGGACGGGGAACCGGUUAUCAUGCCCCAGGUGAGGUCAUGGGCGCGCUCAAUAGCCAUGGAUCUCAGUUCAUCUACUGAAGACCAUUGUGUGAUUAUGCUGAUGAGUUGUCCAACAGCUGGCAUAUUGACGGGUCUUCAGAAGUCGUUCAUCAACACCUUUGUCUGCAAUCUGAUUGCAGACUUUCCCCUGAAUUCGUGCUGCUUGUUGGUGCAUCCAAACAGGGCUGGCCAGUCAGAUACAAGGACUGCGUGGAAGCCUGCAGCAAAGAAAGAAGAAGAGGAACCUCCUGCAGUCAAGGAUCAAGACCAGGAAUCCGACGAUGAGUCCGACGAGGAUGAAAAGGAUCGUGAAGAUGUUGAUGUAAGGGACAUCCGCUACAAGAUAGAGACCCAGUUCGCCCUCAAAGAGAAAGGUUUGAAGGUCCGCAAUGUCAGCCCAGCGAAGAACCGCGGCUUGCCUCAUUUGGGACGAGCAUUCACUGAUGCGCAGGAAAUGCGUUCAGCUUUGGAUCUGGAGAAUGGAGGGAUGGACCAGCUGGACUGCUCCAAUACUGGUGGGACCAAAAUCAUUACGCCUAUUCGCCCUGUCAUGGCCUUGGUGGGCAACCUGGACCUGGGUGAAGCCACGGAGUCACAAGAUGAAGUUGCCGGGGACCGCAAACCAUUUCAAUAUGAAAUUGAGCAAAUGCGCCGCUUGGAAGAGGGCUCACAGACUGAGUUGAAGACAGAAGUUCCAGCACCAUAUCAGGAAGAUCCUGACAAUCAAGUGGGCUUAGAGAGCCAACACGAUUUUGCGGAGGGUCCGAAGGGUGAUGAAGGCUGUGAUGGUAUGGAGGAGGCAGAAACGCGCCAUCGCAUGGAUCCUGAGAUCGCCGGUGCUGCGACUGACACCCCAUGCCCAGUGGACACUGCCUUUAUCGAUGAUAUGGGGGACAUGACCGCCUUGGCUCUUCAACAGGUCGAAAAGACCAUUCAAGGGAAGGUGUCUGACCCAGCUGUGCCAGCCGAGGAGGUUUCUGAGCUUGCGAAAACGGCAUUGGAGCAUUGUACCAGCAUGCUUGAUUGUCUGGAAACCAUUGCUUCCAUGCCUAGUGGACCUGUCUUCUCCGUUGAGGAAGAACAAGCUUUGAGAUUGGCUGAAAGCCUUGAGAAUGCUGAAGUAGCAGAGACGCAGAUGGACCCUGCGCCGGUGAAAGGAGAUGAUAGUGACUCCGAAACGCUGGACAUCAACAGCGUGCUGCACGGUGACCCAACUGACCAGCUUAAACAAAGCACCCAUGAGCAGAUCGAACAGCUUAUCAAUGACCCGGAGCAGGCAUUGAAAGACGAGAAUUUCAUGAAGGAGGCAAUCACCAAUGAGAACCUGGCAGAACAAAUUGCAUGUGCCCAUAGGGUGGCAGCACGUCAGGAGAAAGGCCUUCGACCGCACCAGCUCGAGAUCGCUGCAAAGAUUCCAAAGCAGACUUCCCGGCAAGGCAUGAAAGAAGCAGCAGCAAAGGGAAAGCGAGCCAAACUGGCCAACACCAAGGAUGACACCACCGAUGCCGAGCAUGCCAAGGGCACCAAGGACAAGAACGCCAACACGGGCGAGUCCGAGGUGUAUUCUACGGCUUGGGUUGCUGCAAAGAAGAAUCAUGAUGACCCAUCCAAAUGGAAGUCAUUGGCAUCCAAAGCCCGCAAGCAGCCACUAGGCAUAUCUUGUUGGGAGUAUGCUGUUGACAUUUGUCAAAUCUAUGAGUCCUACAAGAGAGAUUUCUCCCCCAUCUAA